AUGGCGCUAGGGUGUAUCGCGCGUGUCAUCGGCCCUGUUGCCCUGCCCGGCGUUUGUGCUGUUCGCGCGGGAUUUCGCAUUCGCACGCCACAGAUGCUGCACAGCACCGUUACCUUAGCCAAAGGGGGAUCUUCGGCCGCCGGCGCCCCCACAGCUGCUGGUAGUGUCGCCGACAGCAGCGCCAAGAAGGGGAAGCGUGGCCCCAGGGAGGAAGGCAGCGAUGACGUGUCCGGGCCGUACAGCUCCACCGUACGGCUGCCCACCACUGAGUUCAGCCUCCGCGCCAACAGCCCCAUUCGGGAGCCCCAAAUUCAGCAGUACUGGGAACAGCAUGCGACUUACGAGGCGCUGGUCGAGGGCAACACCGGGGAGUCGUACACGUUACACGACGGUCCGCCGUACGCCAACGGCGACCUGCACAUUGGUCAUGCGCUAAAUAAGAUUUUGAAGGAUUUCAUCAACCGGUAUCAGUUGCUCCAGGGACGUCGUGCCAAGUUCGUCCCGGGCUGGGACACCCACGGGCUGCCCAUAGAGCUCAAGGUGCUGCAGAGCCUCAAGGAGAAGGAGAGGAAGGAACUGGGUGUGCUGGAGCUUCGCGCCAAGGCUCGCGAGUUUGCGUUGCGUACCAUUGACGCGCAGCGCACGCAGUUUAAGCGGUACGGCGUUUGGGGUGACUGGUCGUCGCCGUACGUGACUCUGGAGCCGUCGUACGAGGCUGCACAGCUGCGGGUAUUCGGCAAGAUGUUUCUCAACGGCCAUAUCUACAGGGGUCUGAAGCCCGUACAUUGGUCUCCUAGCAGUCGUACAGCCCUCGCGGAGGCGGAGCUGGAGUAUCCGGAGGGGCACCGCAGUACGGCAGUGUACGUGGCCAUGCCGCUUGUGGCUGUGGGGGAGAAGGCGGGGGAGGAAAUGAAGCAGGCGUUACAGGGUGCGGGUUUCGCAAUCUGGACGACCACCCCCUGGACCAUUCCCGCCAAUUUGGCAGUAGCGGUGAAUGACCAGCUGGACUACUGCGUAGUGGAGGCGCAGGAGUUGGUUGGGAGGUUGGCGGAGAAGACGGGAGUGGAGCUCAAAGUGUUGGCAACUGCCAAGGGCUCCGAGCUAGAAGGUUGUUCGUACCGCCAUCCGUUGUACGACCGGACCAGCCCCCUGGUCAUCGGGGGCGACUACAUCACCACGGAGACGGGUACCCCGGUGGAUGACGCGGGCAACUUCACGACGGAGGCGGGGCCCUUCGCCGGCUUGAAUGUGCAGGGAGAGGGUAACAAGGCCGUCGUGGCAGCGCUGCGGGAGGCUGGUGUUCUGCUGAAGGACGAGCUGUACGAGCAUAAGUACCCGUACGACUGGCGCACUAAGAAGCCCACGAUCUUCCGAGCUACCAGUCAGUGGUUUGCCAGUGUGGAGGGUUUUCGCGGGGCAGCACUGGAAGCUAUCCGGGGGGUGCAGUGGAUACCCGCCGCGGGGCUUAACCGAAUUACCGGAAUGACGGAGGGCCGGUCCGACUGGUGCAUCUCGCGGCAGAGGAAGUGGGGCGUGCCGAUUCCUGUGUUUUAUGACACGGAGACAGACGAGCCGCUUCUGACCUCCGAAACCAUCGAGCACAUCACGGGCCUUGUGUCCCAGUACGGCAGCGACUGCUGGUGGACGUUGUCGGUUUCGGAGCUUCUUCCCCCCUCCCUCCGCCACCUUGCCCCUCGGCUCCGGCGAGGGGAGGACACUAUGGACGUUUGGUUCGACAGCGGCAGCAGCUGGGCGGGUGUACUGCAGGCGGACGCCGUAUGGGCGGGACUGUCGUACCCCGCAGAUUUGUACUUGGAGGGCUCAGAUCAGCACAGAGGUUGGUUUCAGAGCAGCUUGCUAACCAGCGUGGCAGCCAACGGCAUUGCGCCGUACAAGCAAGUCCUCACGCACGGAUUCGUACUGGACGAGAAGGGUCAGAAGAUGUCCAAGUCGCUGGGUAAUGUGGUCGACCCACGGGUCGUCAUCGAGGGCGGCAAGGACGUCAAGCAGCAGCCCGCGUACGGCGCUGACGUACUGCGGUUGUGGGUGGCCUCUGUGGACUACACAAGUGACGUGGCGAUCGGCUCCAGCAUUCUUCGCCAGAUGGCCGACAUGUACCGCAAAGUCCGGGGCACUCUGCGCUUCCUGCUGGGCAACCUGGCAGAUUACGACCCACAGGUCCAUGCCGUACCGUACGAGCAACUGCCCUCCCUGGACCGCUACAUGCUCUUCCGCGUGUCUCAGCUGAUGAACGAGGUGUCGGCCGCGUACGACAGCUACCAGUUUUUCAAGGUGUUCCAGUCCCUUCAGCGGUUCGUGAUUGUGGACCUCUCCAACUUCUACCUCGACACGGCCAAGGACCGGCUGUACAUCCGGCGGGAUAGCGACCCCGCCAGGAGGGCGUGUCAAACCGUGCUGGAUGCGCUGCUGCGGAGCCUAAUGGCGGCGCUGGCGCCCCUGGUGCCCCACCUGGCGGAGGAUGCCUGGCUCAACCUGCCGUACGCUCGUCCAGCCGCCAGCGUGUUUCAAGCGGGCUGGGUGGCUCCGGAACCCGCCUGGUCGGGGUUGCGGCCGGAGGAGGUGGCGGCGUGGUCCCUGGCGGGGGAGGUUCGCGACGCGGCAAAUGUGGUUCUGGAGCGGGCACGAACCAGCAAACUGAUUGGUGCGGGACUGGAGGCGAAGGUGGUAUUACAUGUUUCUGACCCCGCUGCUGCUGCCGUACUGUCCUCCCUGGACGCAUCUCGUAACGGUGCGGAUGAGCUGCGGUACGUCCUCAUAGUGUCGCAGGUCGAGCUCGUCUCCGACGCGGCCGUCGCCAAGCUGUGUCCCUUCCACGAGACCAUCCCCAGCACCCGGGGCGCGGGGGAGAUUACAGUGGGUGUGACGCGUGCUGGGGGGACCAAAUGCGCGCGGUGCUGGAACUACAGCCUCCUGGUCGGCAGUAGCAGCACUAGCAGUGUCGAAGAUAGCAGCAGCAGCAGUAGCGGCAGUAGUGAGCUCCUGUCCGGUUUGCUGUGCCCGGGCGUCUGCAUCAACCUGAAAGUGGUAAACACGGUUGCGCACAGAAAAUUAGAUGCUAUCUGUGGAGGCAUAGUGCGGGGAUGA